AUGCUGAAGAAGCGUGGCGAUGCUCAAGUGAAGCUGAUUGACUUCGGUCUUCUCGCGCCUUAUACCACCCGGUCAUACCAUCAAGGAUAUGCGCCCGAAGUGGUCAACUACGAACCUCUGAGUCCGGCUACAGACAUGUGGGCGCUAGGGGUUGUUACCUACAUCCUGCUGUCUGGUGGAAGUCCGUUUCUGGGCGAUACGCGAGACGAGACCUUCUGCAACAUUACUGGCGUGAACUACCACUUUACUGACAGGUAUUUCAAGAACACCUCCACCUACGCGAAGGAUUUCAUCUCACGUCUCUUUGUCCGGGACACUCAUCUAAGGGCCAAUGUUGACGAAUGCCUACGACAUCCAUGGAUUCGAGGGGUGAAUUCAUUUAUUCUGGUUCACAAUGGGAACAGCUAA